GUUCUCGGGGGGAAGCACCCGCGCUCGCCUGGGCCAAUGGCGGCCUGUGAGCCCCAGGCCAGCAACGCCCUCCGUGAAAUCGGGCUGGACACCAAGGCCCCCGCCUAACAAAACCUGUUGACAUUUCCCACCUGGGCCUAUCUCAUCAUGAUGACAAGCUAUACAAAAAAACAAGCUAUACAAAAAAACAAGCCAUACACUACGAGCGAAACGCACAUACAAAGAAAGCACAUACAAAGAAAGCACAUACAAAGAAAGCACAAUACAAAAGCAUGGUUCUCCCUGCCAUUGGACACCAACACACUGCAGCACUUUGCACUAAGCAAUGUUGUGACUACUUUCCACCAAUUGUGUUUGAACCAUACGGCUCUGGCUGCGUUUCCUGCUGCUUUUCGUUGUGUGUGCGUGUGUGUGUGUUUUUUGGCUGGGAACGUGUGUGCUCGCAGUCCGUCGAAGGGAAGCGUCCGCCUAAACUUUUUAGGGCUCCCAUGAUUGUUCGUGGUGAAAGUUGCACGUAGCGAAGAAAAACCCAGACAUCACCCCUUCCCCCUUAAAAUUUCACACCGCCAGUGCACGCC